AUGGUUCGACUCGGGCGUGCUCUGGUGCUUGCCGCCGCAUGUCUCCCUCUCGCUUCGGCGCUCGGGAUCAAGGGCCCGAAGGUGCUCGUCCAGGGCGGAAAGGACGAGCAGUUCUCAGCAAAGGACGCCUCGAAGCCUCUGUUUGACACGCUCGAGAUCGGUCCCGCGGACACGUUCAAGCUCACGUUCGGCGUCACGGGCGGCCCGGCACUGCAGGCUUCUGCCUGGUACACCGGCUCUGAGCAGGUCCCGGUCGUGCAGUCCCUCAGCGUGAAGAGCGAGGGCAAGAAGGCAACUCUGACCAUCCGUGGCUCCGAGCCGCCCGUCCACGGGGAGAACGAGCUCACGAUCCUGCUCUCGAACGGCGUCGAGGAGAAGCCCAUCAGCUGGAAGGUUGGCAAGAUCAUCCUCGCCUCCGCGUCCAAGAAGGAGAUCAACUCCCUCCUCUCCUUCGAACCGCUGCCCGAGAUUGCGCACACGUUCCAGCGCGAGGCGAAGAUCGUCAUGUUCCCGUUCGCCAUCGCAGGUGUCGCCGCCGUGCUUGCGCCGUGGGCGCUGCUCCUCGGUCUGAUCGGCAACCUCUCCUCAUCGCUCAGCAAGCGCACGCCGCCCCCGAGCGUGUACGUCUUCCUCGCGUGUCUCGUCGGCCUCGAGGCGCUCAUCAUCGGCUACUGGGUCAGCUGGAAGCUGUACCAGUUCCUCCCGCCGUUCCUUAUCCUCUCCGGCAUCACGGCCUACGUCUGCGCCGUCGCCAUGCGCCAAUCGCGCGCGCAGCGCAUCCAGACCGGCGGCAAGUAA